AGCAGCUGCGAGUUAUCGGGUUCUAUAAUGACACCCACCCAUCCUUUCACCUCUAUAAAUAUCAUCUCUCUCUCUUGAUCCCUAUCUUCCUUUCAAUCUGUUUUUCAAUCCUCCAAUUUCCCUCCAAAAAUAUUACCCUAAACCCACUAAAACCCUGAUUUUUCUAUUCCUCCCUCUAGGUUUUAUCAUAAUAAAUCACUCUUCACUUUUACUCUCUCAAUUCUCUAAUUAAUUUGUGGGUUUUUCAUUUCUCUCUUUCCUACAAUUCAUUGCUUCUUUUAUAGGUCAGGGUUUUCACUUUCUGUUUGAUUCCUUAGAAAACUAUAGCAGAAAGAAAGAAAACAAGAUUUCCCUUCUCUUAUGACUCUUUCCACGUCGGGUUUGAAAUGGCCUUGUAUUUGGAAAAGCCCUAAUAUUUCUUCUUUUUUGACAUGAUGGUUCAAAUAUGAGCAAUGGAGGUGAAGAGAAUACACCGGGAAGACCCAAAUCCGAUGACUUUGGCCGCGCUGUAUCAAGAAUGGCAGUGGCUCAGAUAUGUGAGAGUGCGGGCUUUGAUGGGUUCAAUAAAUCUGCUCUGGAUUCUCUCAGUGAUGUCACAAUCCAAUACCUCUGUGACCUAGGCAAGACUGCAAGCUUCUACGCCAACUUAUCAGGUAGAACCCAAUGUCAUUUCUUUGAUAUAGUUAGAAGUUUUGAAGAUAUAAUAAUAGGAGCUUCACAAGGGUUUUUAGGUGCGUCCAGUUCUGAUAAUUGUCUAGUUAAUUCUGGUACGAUUAAAGAACUUAUUGAUUUUGUGGGUUCUAAUGAUGAGAUUCCAUUUGCGCAACCAGUGCCAAGGUUUCCUGUUAUUAGGGAUAGAAAGUUAAUUCCUACUUUUGAAAAAAUGAGUGAAGUUCCGCCUGGGAAGCAAAUUCCGGCAUGGUUGCCAGCUUUGCCCGAUCCUCACACGUAUUUGCAUACACCUAUGUGGAAUGAGAGGCUUGUAGAUCCUCGUGCAGAAACGAUCGAGCAAGCGAGACAGAGGAGAAAGGCAGAGAGGGCUUUGUUGAGUUUGCAGAAGAGGUUGUUGAGUAAUGGGUCAGCAGGGGCUUCAUCCUCAGGGAUUAGUAAUAAUUUUAAAGAGUCAGGAGUAGUUGAUAGUGGUCAGUUUCUUGCCAUGCCAUCAGAGUCUGGGAAGAAGGAUGUUUCUCCAGUUGUGUUGUCAGAUAAGCUAAAAAACCAUAUUUCUGUGAUGCAGGCAUUUGCACCUGCUAUUGAAGCAGCAAAAGAAGGUGGAAUUUGUGACGAUGGAGAUUUUGAGAGGAAGACACUUCCGGAAAAAAGACCUGCUGUGAUUUUUAAGUUUAAGACUGGAAAGAAGUUGCUUGGAGAGUCUUUGAAUCUGAGUCUUUCGAAGAAGGGUGGGAGGAGAACAGGGCACUGGUUAGGGCGGGAUGACGAGAGGGAUGACAAGAAGAGGAGAGCAGAGUAUAUACUUAGGCAGUCAAUGGAAAACCCUCAAGAACUUACACAGUUGUAAACUAAUUUCAAGACUGACUGGCUAAUUCAGAAGUUGGUUUUAGUAGGGGCUAUUGGUUCACUUAUUAUUUCAGGGACAUAUUUGUUGUUCCUGCACAGAUAUUAUGAGAUUCUUAUUGAGUAUCCCAUGCAAACUAUAACAAUUUUUUAGGUA